CCUGGUGGUCGCCGCGGGGCGCUCGGACCAUCCUGCUGUCAGACCCGGGCCUCUGCGAGCGGCCGCGGGGGAGUCCCGGGCGCAGCGGAGCGCUGCAGUGCCUUGAGGCAACCAGGAGCCCCGGACGGCAGGGGUCGUCUGAGCCCUCUGUGCCCUGCCCAGCCCACCACGCCCUCUCUCCUCUCACCUCCAGCCAUGACAGCCCUCCUCACCCUGUUCCUGGCAGCCCUGGUGGGCCUCCCUCUAGCCCAGGCUCUGGACUGCCACGUGUGCGCCUACAAUGGAGAGAACUGCUUCAACCCCAUGCGUUGCCCAGCCAUGGUCACCUACUGCAUGACCACGCGCACUUACUACAGCCCGACCAGGAUGAAGGUCAGCAAGUCCUGCGUGCCCAGCUGCUUUGAGACAGUGUAUGACGGCUACUCCAAACACGCCUCCACCACUGCCUGCUGCCAGUACGACCUCUGUAACAGCGCCGGCCUCGCCGUGCCUGGGGCCCUGGCCCUGGCGCCCGUUCUCCUGGCUACCCUCUGGGGUCUGCUCUAAACCCCGCCCCCCAGGACCCACUCCAGGACAAAGUCCUGAGAGGCUCAGCCUUUCCCUUUCACCCCGCACACCCCACCCACCUGCUGCACCCCACCCCUACCCAGCUACACCCAGCACUGCCUGCUAGAGGGACUCCCUCGCCUGCCUGCCACCCUGGGACUCACUGGGCCUCGCUCCCAGACCACGACCUUCUGUUCUUGAAAGGUCGAUGUGGGCCCAGCCCUCCCAGAGGAGCCUGGCAAAGUGUGCUGCUUAGCUGGGGUCCUCUGCUGGCUGAGGAACACUGAUCUGAAGGGAGACUUGGCCCACCUUCCUGGCAGCUCUGGGAGCAAGGCCCCACCCCAGUCCACCCAGGAAGUGUGGGGAGCCGUGAGGGGAAAGUGGGGACCCAGGAUGGGUGAGGGACCAUCCUGGGAAAAAGGGCUUUCUGGGGCACCAGGAGGGCUAUCUCUGUGCCUCUGACUGAGUCCGGGAGCUGCCCCGGGGAGCUGUGGCAUAGAGGCCCGAGGGAGGCAGGCCUUUGUCCCCAUCUGCUGUCCCAGGUAGGAGUGCCAGGAACAUCCUGGCAGCCCUUGGCUGGGGGUUGGGGGUGGACUCAACCUAAAGAGAACCCUGAGCGCCUCCCCCGCCCCCAGAAACCUGGUAAGGGAGUCUUCCCCUUUUGACUUUUCCCCUUCCCCACCCUGGCCUGAGGCUGGCAGGCACUUGGGGGAGGGGCAGGCGGGCGGCUAUAUUUGGUGAAGCCCAGAGCUGACCCCAGGACUAUUUUCAGCAUGGGGGAAAGCAAGCUGGGGGGGGGGGGGUGCCAAACAGCCUGGUCUUCAGCCCUAGUGUGCCCCUUAACGGAGGGGGGCGAGCCGCAGUGGGCGUCUGGGUCAGCCGGGGCGGAGAUCCUGGGAGUCCGUCCAGGACAGAGGCUGGGAGAGGCAGGGUCCGGGAUGCCAAUGACCCAGCUCCCUUCGGACAUGUGCCCCGAGAUUUCCUGUGCACCCCGAUCCCAACAACCUGUUGACACCCACUUCCAGCGCGCCCCCCUCUGCUCUGGCCUGCAGGCCUGGCUGUACAAGGGCCGGCUGACCUGGCCUUGGUCCCAAAGCCUGAGGGUCUCACAAGGACCCUCCAGCCUCUGACUGGGAGAGAGGGGUCCACCCAAGGCUGAAGAGCUCUCUCCUUGAUUUGAAGAGUGGCGUGUUGGUGCCCCCAAGCCGGCGGGGCAUUGGGACCCCCAAGAGCCCAAGAAUUGGCAUUAUUUAAAGGGUGCCCAGCCUAGGUGAACCCCAUCUCUGUCCUGGUUUGGGAAACAAGAGUCCGCCCAGCAUGGACCAUCCUGGGUAAGGGUGGCCUGGGAAACGCGUCUUCCUGCCAGUGGGGCCAGACUGCGCACAUGUCCUCAUGCCCCAGGGCAGACAGGGCUUGAGGCCUUACCUGACCAGUGUCCCCAGCUCCGUUGUCCGUAGAGGAGCCUAGGAGCCCCUUCAAGCUGUCUGGGCCUAAGUUGGCAGGACAGUGGCAAAUGCUUAUAUGGUGGGAUUGUCCCUGGAACUCAGGAGCCCAUGGCCCGAGAGCAUGGCUCUCAUGGUGGGGGUGGGGGGAGCUGGACAGUCUGGCUCUCAUGGGGGGCGGGGGGGGAGGCUGGACAGUCUGCCCGGAGAGUUUCACCCAGGUCCUUCUGGAACUCGAGGGACUGGGAGAGCCUCGGGCGGGGUCCUCAGGCUUGCCUGGCUGCUUGGACCUCCCAGAACGUCUGGGAAGAUAGGCCUCAUCCUGGGCCGGAAGGCGCUGCACUCAGGGAGCGCCUGGUCAAGAGCUCAGUCUCCACGGAGACCUGGGUGUCUCUGUCCUCCACAGCCCAAUCCCGUGUGAGCGCUCCCUGGCGGAGGCUGGGAGCAAGCCAGACCCCAGCCGCGAGCUCCCAAAGGUCCAGCAGGACCCCCCAGGAGUGAUCAGCCUCAGGGAAGUGACCCAGCUCGCUCACAGAGCUGGCUGGAAGGCCGGCACAGGCCUCUGGCUGCGGAAGCCUGCUAGGAGGAAGGGUGGACGUGGGCCUGUAGCCCCAGCCGCCCUCGGCCUCCUGACUCAGUGGGAGAGGCUUGGAAGCAGUUGUUAGCUUGUGUAAGACUCGUCCCGGGUCAGCGGCAUCCUAGGCCACAGCUGGGAGGAGCACAGGGUCAGUCCCCCCUCCCCUCAGUGGGUGAUGACCUUAGAGACCUGCCUGGCCACCUUGGGGUUCUGGGGUCCCCGAGAGCAGGGAGCCGGGCUUGCCGCAGUAUGGGGGUGCUUAUACCUGCCUUCUGUCCCCAUCUGCCCAUCCUCCGCUGUGACCCAAUCCAAGCCCAAGACCCAGAACAUUGCACCCGGCCCGCAGGACCAAGCCCCCCCCCACACACUCCCACAGCCCCCUGGCUGGGUGGGCUGUCCCCAGAACCCAGCACGGAGCCCUUGGCAGGCCCUCAGCUGAUAUGGGACCCGGACCCUAGUGGGAAGCCCGUGACACUGAACUCGAAGGGCAGUGCCGGUGGGGACCACACUGACAAGGACGGGAGCUGACCUCCGUCUGGCUUCCCUGUGCCCCGGCCACCUGCACUCCACGACCACCCUGCGAGGAGCAAGCCAUUCCCACGCCCCCUUCACAGGUGAGGUACAAAUCUGGACGGGGUGCCCAGCCGCCACACCCCUGCCCCGCUGAGCAGUAUUCUCCCACCGGCUAGGAGGCUGCACCCCCGAGCCUGGGGUGGGGACACCAAGGAGGGGUUUUAUAAACUGAAAACAAACUGCGCCCGGGAAAUGCAAGAGCUUAGGGUCAGGAGAACUCUAGAAGGAGAAGAGUGGAACCAGAGACUUGAGGAGCCUUGGGGCCCCAGGCAGGUGUCCAGCCCUGUGUCUGUCCCAGUCUGGCUCGAGUUGCCAGGAUGCCCGCAGGCAGUGGGCGUGUCCUCUGUGGGGAGGGGUCCCUCCAACAGAAGUGCGUACCCCCUGGAUGGGAAUAGAGGUGCUCCUCGAAGCUCCCUGUGGCGUCUCAAGUCUGGAAGCAGCCCAGAGGUCUCAGUGCCGCCUGCCAUGGGUCCCCUCGGAGCACAGCUGAGCAGCCGGAACUUCGGGCGCUGACCUUGGGGGCACCCUCCAAAGCGCCCGCCCCACUGCUGGGAGGGGAGGGGGAGGGCGCAUCCACCACCCCAUCUCCCUUUGCAGCAGCUGAUUUGUUAAAUACCCAUCUUACCGCUGAAAAGGGUGCAAAGAAAUGGGGACGCCUCCUUCUUUCUUCUACCCCCCUCCCGUGAGUUUUGUUGAGUCCUACAACUCGGGGUGCCUGGAGGUCCUCACCCACGUCUCUGAGCCUCAGCUGUCUCAUUGGUAAAAUGGGACUGGUGGGUCCCCCCAAGCCGAGCCUCGGGAGCAUGGCCGAGGCUGUGGGUGAACGUGCCCGGCCCCAGGCCUAGCACACAGGAGGCUUCAGACAGACGGAUGGACGGGUGGCCCCUCUUCCCUUCGUGCCACGUGCGAGGGCUGGGCCCUUCCAGGGCUAUGCCGCACCCUGGCAGCUAAUGCUAAGCCCCGUAGCCCUGACCCUGACCUUGAUCGGCAUGAGAACCCGCCUUCGGGCCAGGGCUCCCUCCUUUGCUCACACAAUGCACUUCAGGGAGGCCCCGUCAGUGUCUCGAGUGUGAAUAAAUGGGUAAAUACAUA